CACAUAAAAGUAAUCUAGUGCCAUAUCUGCCGUCAUUUCCAUUAUUUCGGGACCAAACCCAUGUUUAUGUUUGGCUGGUUGACCUUGAUUACCGAAUUCUGUCUGUCAUCAGGAUUUUAUUGUGAAUAGAAAAAACAGUAGCCGAAAAAACUGACGUUCGUUUUUCAAUUUGUAGAGUGUGGUGAGCAUUUACUUUGUGAAAGGAUAUUUUGCCAUGGCCGCUAUCAUUUUGAGAAAUGGUUGCCGUCGUAUGCUGCUGUCAGGUCAGAGCCCUGCUGCGCCAUUGCUAGCUGCUCGUACCAUUGUGCUGAGAUCGGUUCAACCGGAAAACCGCCCAGGUGAAUCGCACGAUGACCGAAAUGCACGGCUGAAGCGUCCGCAGUCGCCGCAUUUGACGAUCUACGCACCACAAUUGACUAGUAUGCUGUCUAUUACGCAUCGCAUGACCGGGAUGACUCUGGCCGGUUACGCUACCCUGUUGGGUCUAGGAGCUCUGGUUCUGCCACAUGAUGCCAAUCACUAUCUGACCAUGCUGGAGGGUCUAAAUGCGCCGACCUUGUUUGCCCUGAAAUUUACACUGGCCUAUCCUUUUGCGUUCCAUGCUACCAACGGUGUGCGCCAUCUCUUCUGGGAUCUUGGCAAAUUCCUGAGCAUCAAGGAGGUAUACAACACCGGUUAUGUCAUGCUGUUGGUUUCCGGUGCGUUUGCCACAGGGCUCACCUUCCUGUAAGGUCAGUUAUUAUUUUAGCUCAGGUAAAAACGCAAUGAGCCCAGUCGUAUUGCUUGAAAAGCAGAACACCUUAACGUAUUAUUAUUUUGAAAUUAUGUUUGUUUGGAAUCAUAAAAACUGCUGUCUUAAUAAAAACGGUAUUUG